AUGCAUCUAGGUCGGUUGAUGCAUGCUGCGGAGAUUCCCACCAACAUCGAUGUUCAAAAAUGGGGGAUAUCCCUUUUCUUCUGGGGAGCUGCGAUUUUCUGUGACUGGGAAUGGCGGAACUUGCAGCUGUCAACUGGUUAUCAUCAAGAAGCUCAGGUGGCUGCAACCAGAUUUGACCAAUCCAGGGUUAUACUCAUGUUCCAACAGCAGCAAUAUGCGUUCAUGCUCGUUCAGCCAAACUUGCAUGAAUUGAAAACCACCCUUCAGGUGUUGCAGGAGGUCGAAACCCAGACAUGGCCUCUUACUGGUCACCAAUUAGUUCUCCAGUUUCACACUGCCAUUUGA